CAGACAAAAGGCGCUGUGCGAAAACGACAACCGUGACGUGGGCCUUUCCCACCUAACGUCACCCCACCUUCGAUUCAUUUUCCCAGAAUGAAACCCUCUUCGUCGUUACAGAUUCUUGAUUAUGCUACUCCUCAAUUUUCCAAUCCAUACAUUUUUUUUCUCAUAAAAAUUGAAUCUUUAUUUUUUGCUACUUUCCAAACCUUAAUUUUGCACAAAAAUGGAAAAUCAAAAAUCAGGCGCCGACGUCGAUCAACAUAAAGCAGCGGAAACUCCGUCAACUGUAACGGCACAGGCUGAUUCUGAAAAUAAAGAAUCUAGUAAUACAGAACCAGGGCCAAGUACUAGUCGAAUUUCAGAUUUAACCCUUCAAAUUCCUCCUAGGCCCGGUGCUUUUUCGAGCAGCCGUUCGGGUUUUCUUCGGGCUUUAAGCUUUAAGAAGAAGUACACUUCAUCAGAUGGUGAAAGAAGUUCCCUUCUCAGCUCGGAUACUAAGGAACCUUCCGGAAGCUCCCCCGUUUCGAAUGUUGCGUCGAAUGUGACUUGCGAAAGGUGUACUUCACUCCCCGUGACACGGGCCUCGCUUUUGUCACCUCAGAUUACUGGCCUC